GGAGGGAGAGGGAGAGGGAGAGAGAGAUUUGAAAUUAGAAUCAGGAUUUUGCUUCCGCAAUUUAAGAGGCCGGCCACGCACUGGUGCCGCGCCCAAUUGCUUGGUCAAGUCAGCCAUGAUGGCGAACGGGAGGCUUAGGAAGCAGGCAUUGCUUCCGCCGCGCAUCCCGUUCUCGGCGGCGUCGCCGUCGCCGUCGCCGCAAGCUGAGCUCGGCCCGAUCGCGCGGCCGCGGGAAGCUCACCACCGGCAAGGCCACCAGCGCACGUCGUCGGAGAGCGUCCUCGUAGACGAACAGCCUUCGUGGCUUGAUGACUUGCUCGACGAGCCCGACUCACCGGCGCGGCCUCACGGCCGCCCAGGGCACCGCAGGUCGUCCAGCGAUUCGUUCACGAUGUUUGACGGUACCACCGCCGCUGCCUCUGCUGGCAUGUGUGGCAGUGUGUUUGAUGGAAUGAGGACAGGAGGACAAGUUGGUUCUUGGGGCCGCACACCAGAGUUUUUUCAGGAGCCGAGCUCAUUUGGGCGGCCGCAGGGGCAGGGACCGCAGUGGGAUCCCAGACAGAUGUUCCUGCAGGAUGGUGUCAUUCCACUUCCUGUGAGGGAUAGCAUGCCGCUGCCAGUGAGGGAGAAGAAUGGUGGGCACCAUGAUGCCAUGCUGAAUGGGGCAGAUAUGAAAGGAUAUGGUGAUGCAUCUCAUAAUCAUAUCAUGGUUGGAGCAACACGAAACGAUAGUGACGAACACCUAAAGCACUCUCAGUCAGAGGCAGACACCAAAUGCGCCAAACAGCAAUAUGCUCAGAGGUCUCGUGUCCGGAAGCUCCAGUACAUUGCAGAGCUCGAGAGCAGAGUUCAAGCCUUACAGACACAAGGGGUAGAAGUUUCAGCUGAAAUGGAUUUUCUAGGUCAACAAAAUAUCAUGUUAGACCUGGAGAACAAAUCCUUGAAACAGCGGCUUGAGAGUUUAUCUCAGGAGCAUGUAAUAAAACGUGUUCAACAGGAGAUGUUUGAACGGGAAAUAGUCCGUCUUAGAUUAUUGUUCCAGCAGCAGCAGCAACAGCAACAACACAUACUUCAGCAGCAGACCCCUGCCCACAGUCGUAGUAACAGCAGAGACCUCGAUUCGCAAUUUGCAAGCAUGUCUCUGAAACACAAUGAUUCAAACUCAGGGCCUGAUGCUGUCCCCGACCUUCAUAUUUAAGCCUCUUUCGAGCUUGUGAUUCUGAGAGUUAAGCUUAACUGCUACCCCCUGUGUCAUCACUAUCUAGUGGUUGUUGGUUGCAUGAUGAGGGGAGCGGUGACUGUGAAUCUGGAAUCAAAUCCCAUGGUGAAUAAUGCCGGAAAGGUAAUAAUGGAUCUGAUGUUCAUUUUAUUUUGGAAUUUGCACCUGAUGGUCACCUCUAAGCGCAUAACCAUUGUUGACACGCUCGACCAGUCGGAGGUGUUUGGUUUUUCUUUUUUCUAUUCAUAGGGCCAUGCUUUUCUUGCAGAUCAAGGUUGUAAUUCAUUCAUUUAGUGUUGCAUUUCUUGUUAGUUUGGCUCACGAAUGGGACUUGAGCAGGUCCUAUCGUUAUUCUGCCACAUCCGGGAGAACUGUGCGCCAAAUGUUCAAUAAGCUAGUGCAGAUAGUGUUGUUGACGCGUUGUAGUUCAGUUUCACUUGUUUUCUUCAGCAAUAUAGGAUUAGAACACUCUUGGUUUCUGA